AUGCCAGCAGACCAUGCAGCCCACCGCGAAUGGCUCGACGGGGUGAUCAAGAAAGUCGACAAGAGUGAAAAGGCCCUGCAUCCGGUUCUUCAGGAAUUCAAGCAGUUGAUCGAAAGCAACACCAGGGUCUACAUGCUCUUAACUGGCAUGUUUAGAGAAGUCCCGCACAAGAAGCCAUACAGCAAGGAUCCCACCGGGACCGCUCAGAUCCGUGACUAUGAUCAUUUCUUGCGAGUUCUCAAUCAUCUGCUCACCUCGGCCCCGUCGUGGACCGACAAGGCUCACCGAAUUGGCCUGGUCGGCCUACCCAUCAAUGCUGUCCUGGACUGGGCAAUGGGCACCCCUAGUGGUUAUGCUGCAUUCUUAGACCCAGAGAUCAACGCCAUGCUGAAGAAAGUUCUCAAUGCAUGGGGAGAGUUCUUGCGAUCGCCCGCUUCGGCUGAGGUUUUGAACACUACCUCCCAUGGCUGGUUCGGCGAGACGGGCCACCGUGACCUGACAAUCGCAGCGAGAGUCGGACUAACGGCAGCUGAUAAUUUGGAAUUCCAUAAUAUGUUCCAGUGCGACCCAUCCGCGCCGAGUUUUGGCUUCAACUCCUGGGAUGAUUUCUUCACGAGACAGUUUUCUGAAGGGAUGCGCCCGGUUGCUGAGCCUGACAACGGUCGUGUGAUUGCCAACGCGUGUGAGUCCAAGCCAUACCGACUUGCCCACAAUGUUCGCGCCCGCGAUAAAUUCUGGAUCAAGAGUCAGCCGUACUCUGUGCUCGAUAUGUUGGGUCAUGACGAGCUCGCAUCGCAGUUCGUUGGUGGUACGGUGUACCAGGCGUUCCUCAGUGCGUUGAGCUAUCAUCGCUGGCAUGCACCCGUUAGUGGAAAAGUCGUGAAGGCCUAUGUUGUGGAUGGCACGUACUACUCGGAGCCACUUUUCGAGGGUGUCGGUAACCCGGCAGCCCAUUCUGAGGAUAUCGAUUUGGAAGGACAGGUCAUCUCGCAGUCGUACAUCACAGCAACCGCCACCCGUGCACUUAUCUUUAUAGAGGCGGACGAGCCGGCUAUUGGAUUGAUGGCGUUCAUUGGUGUAGGAAUGGCUGAAGUUUCGACUUGUGACAUCACAGUCAAAGAAGGUGAUCAUCUCAACAAGGGUGAUGAAAUCGGCAUGUUCCACUUUGGUGGGUCUACCCACUGCUUGCUUUUCCGGAAGGGCGUCAAAGUGUCCGGGUUUCCAGAGCCAGGAAGAGAGGAGAAUGUGCCUGUUCGGAGCCAUUUGGCGACGGUGUCUUGA